AUGACUGAGAUAGAAAACAGAGGGCCUCCAUUCACCUGCCCUCAGACAUGCAACAUCUCCACUCGUCUCUUCACGUUGCCCGGUGACAUCAUGCUCGGAGGACUUUUCGCCAUUAAUGAGCUGACCAGCAACCUGAGCCAGAGGACGGAGCCGGACAACAUCAGCUGUGAGAGUUUAAAUCAUUUUGAGCUGGGACUUUCUAUUGUGAUGAAGUUCGCUGUGGAUGAAAUCAACAGAAACCAAGUUGUGCUUCCUGGCAUCAAACUGGGUUACGAAAUCUACGACACCUGCAGACAGUCGGCCGUCAUCGUCCGUCCGACCGUUUCCUUCCUCACGGAAAAACACUCUGAAGAACUGUCUGUGGAGUGUAAUUACACCGAUUAUGAGACCAGCAUCUCCGCUGUGAUUGGACCGUACAGCUCAGAAAUGGUGUCUGUCAUCGGAAAACUCCUAGGAUUCUUUCUCAUGCCGCAGAUCAGCUACGGUGCAACCAGUGACAAAUUCAGCGACAACCACCUCUACCCGUCCUUUUUCCGCACCGUGCCCAGUGACAAAUGGCAGGUGGAGGUCAUAGGUCACCUGCUGAAAGAGUUUGGCUGGAACUGGGUGGCAGUGGUGGGCAGUGAAGAGGAGUACGGGCAGCGAGGAGUGCAGCAGUUCUCCAAGGUAGCAGAAGACAUGUCCAUCUGUGUGGCCUAUCAGGGUCUGAUUCCAGUUUACGCCGACCCUGAACCGGUGGUCCGGACCAUCCUUAAUUACAUAAACGCCACCAACGCCAGGGUGGUGGUGGUUUUCUCGCUCCCCGAGCCGACCCAGAUCUUUUUCAGAGAGGUGAUCAGGAGGAACAUGACGGCCGUGUGGAUCGCCAGCACCAGCUGGUCCCUCCAUUACAGACUGACCUCUCUGCCAGGCAUGGAGUCGGUGGGCUCGGUCAUCGGGUUCACUGACAAGACGCAGAAUCUGGAUCAGCUGCUGCCCUACGUUCAAGAGCUUUUCUCCAGAAUAAGUGAGGAGAGGCAGAGGACGGAGCAGCGCCCCCCGCAGGCUGCAGCUCUCAGAAACCCCUGUCCACAGUGUCGGUUCUUAUCUCCUGCUAACAUCAGCGUGGUGAUGGACACGGCGGUGCAGCGCUCUGCGUUUGGCGUGUACGCCGCCGUCUUCAUCGUGGCAGAGGCGCUGCAUAAACUGCUGGACUGUAAUUCAACCGCCUGUGUUUGGGAACCGGACACCAAAAUCUACCCCUGGGAGCUGCUGAAGGUUUUAAGAAACACGUCCACGAACAUCAACGGCACUCUCCUGGAGUUUGAUGAAAAUGGAAACCCAAACAUCGGCUACAACGUGAUCCAGUGGCUGUGGACGGACGCGGGGGUGGAUUUUACCCCGGUGGGAGUCUUUGAUGAACAGCUGUCCAUUAACACGGCGCUCUUCAGAUGGCACACCAAAGACCAAACGGUGCCACAGUCCAAAUGUUCGGCCGACUGUGAGGACGGUCAGGUCCGCAGGGUCAAAGGUUUCCACUCCUGCUGCUACGACUGUAUCGACUGUUUGCCAGGAACCUACCAGAAAGAAAAAGAUGACAUCCAGUGCACCGUCUGUCCAGAGGGUCAGUGGUCCCUGGUCCGCAGCACCGGCUGCACUCAACCCGUCUUGGAUUAUUUGUCGUGGGACGCACCGUCAGCUGUGGGGAUGGUGGUGGCGGGGGGGCUGCUGUUGCUGUGUCAGGGGGCCGUGGGGGUGGUGUUCUGGAAGCACCGUCACACCCCCCUGGUGGCGGCCUCCGGCGGAGCUCAGGGUUUUGCGGCUCUGCUGAGCCUGAUGGGAGCCUGCCUCAGUCUGGUUCUGUUCCUGGGACGACCCACGGACCUGGGCUGUCGUCUGCAGCUGCCGCUCACCUGCAUGUUCCAAACCCUGGCUCUUUGCAUCAUCCAGUCCGUCUCGUUACAGAUUCUGUAUUUGACGGAGUUCCCAGAGAAAGCCGCCUCUCACCUACAUAUCAUGCGAGGCCCGAAGAGCGCCAUCUUCCUGCUGGGCUGUUGUGCGGUGCAGGCCGGUCUCAGCGGCUGGUUCAUGACGGAGGCGCCCUGGUUGUCUGACUACGUGGCCAACAUGAAAAUAGACUUUGUGAGGACAUAUCUGUCCUGCCCCGUGUCACCUUUGGUUGGGUUUGCCCUGAUGCAGGGCUUUAACUGUUUACUGGCCCUGGUGUCGUUCAUGAGCACCUUCAUGGCAGUCAAGCCUCUGCACCAGUACAAUCUGGCCAGGGACAUCACCUUUUCCUCUCUUAUCUACUGUGUGAUUUGGGUGACCUUUAUCCCAAUUUAUAUAGGCCUGAGUCAGACCAGGAGGACCGUCGUGCACGUUUCCUUCAACCUUGUCAGCAACUUGGGGCUGGUGGUUGCCUACUUUGUUCCAAAAUGUUAUUUUCUCCUGAGAAAGCCAGAGCUCAACACGACCGAAUACUUCUGCACGUUCCUGAAAGGUGUUCCACCGAGACCGGCAGAGGAGGAGCCUCAGCCUCAGGCUGAGAAAGAUUCAGAGUUUCUUUUGUUUAAGGAUCGUUUUCCUGAAUCAGAGCUGGCCAAGCUGCAGAGACAGUUCAGGAUCAUGGAGGGCGAUCGUCAGGCCUACGGCCUGGAGGCCAGGGAGCAGCUCCGCCGACAACAGCAGGAGAAGGAGACGCUGCUGAAGGAGCAGGAGGAGCUGCUUCGAAACCUGGGCGUGUCCAAGAGUUUGUCCCGUCACCAGAGGGACAGCGAGGAGACGGAGGGUCUUCGAACGCUGCUGGACCAGAGGGACCUGCUGGACGAGGAGCUGGACCGAGAGAAACAGUGUCACCAAGAACUGAAAGGAGAGAUCACAGACCUGGAGCAGAGGUUGGCAAGGAUGAAGAAACUGGAGGUCAGUGGUCAGGACACCAGAAGGUCAGAGGUGCAGAGAACCAAGAAGGCCAUACAGACCCUGGAGUACAAACUGGACCAGGCUCUGACCCGGUUCAACCAACAGCUGACCAAGAACAGCGCUCUCAGAGAGGAGCUGCAGACGCUCCACAUUGAGCGGGCCCGUUUUCAGCAGCUACGUGAACGACUGCAGAAGGAACUGGAGGAGGUGAAGAAGAAGAUCGGCGAAGUGGUCAACCUGUCGACCGCAGCCUACGACGCAAGCAUGGAGGCUCAGUCUAAGAUGAGCCUGAUGAAGGAGAAGGCCCUGAAGGACCUGCUCCAGUUCAACGCUGAGAUGAAGGAGCUGGAGAGGGUGAUUGCACAUGAGAACAACCUGAAGGAGUUCAUGACCACCAAGUGCAGCGAGAGGAGCAGCCAGGACAACCGCCAGGACAACCGCCAGGACAACCGGCAGGACAACCGGCAGGAGACGGGACACAGACGUGAGUCUGGAGGGCAGGAGCAGCAGAGGGCAGGAGCAGGAGAGGAGACGCUGGACAGUCUGGAGGACGUUCUACACAGAAUCCAGGAGGUGACGGGGGAGGAGGACGUGGACCUGCUGGUGACCAGGUUCAUCCAGGCUGAGGACCGGAACCUGGCACUGUUUAACUUUGUUAAUGAACAGAACACGGAGGUGGAGGCGCUGAGGGGUGAAAUCAACAGGAUGGAAGGAGAGAUGGAGGAGUACGGACAGAAAGGUCUGCAGCAGGAGCAGGAGCAGCAGGCUCUGCUGAGGGACACUGAGGAGCAGCUGAAGGAAACACAGUCCAGAGCUCAGGAGUUUGAACUCAAGGCUGACGACACGGGUCGAGUCCUGGAGCAGAUUAGGACAGGAGUGAGCCGGACCUUCGCUGCUCUGCAGUGUGACCGCUCGCUGGUCGAAGACCUGCUGGGUCUGUCCACCGGCAUCAGUGACAACAACAUCAUGUUCUACCUGGGGCUGGUGGAGCAGAAGACCAACCAGCUGCUCACCAUUCAGGACUUCAUCAAGUCCAAGGAUCUGGACAAGGACUACAAUCCAAGAGACCUGGCUCAGAUCCUGCUGGCUCAGAAUCCAGACGAGCUUCAGUCUGCUGUCAGGACGCAGCCUGCGGUCAGGAGUGUGGAGUACGACACAGAGGAGACGCCGGUCACUGAGGAGGAACGUCCACUGACACAGGGGGAGCUGCGCCGAAGAAUACUGAAGGAGGUUCACCAGGAACUGGGUUCAGACCAGGUGUGAAGACGGGAGACCGCCCCUGGAGAAACUACUGAACUGACUCACCCUGCUCCUCACCCCCCACCCCCUGUCAAAGACUGCCAAACUGAAACUCUUAAGAACAGGAGGUGUCCUGGUGUUGGUCGGUCUGUACAGGAUUAAACUGAUUUCUUACUUUU